CACAGUUCUACCCAAAAUUAUGUCCUAAGCCGGUUAUAACUCAGCAAAAAAUGCGGCUCGUAGUCGAGCAUCCGCAGCUCACUGGCAACGAAACACCACGCGCGAAUCCAUGUCAGUUCAGUACGUUUAAAUCGUCGCCGGUUAGAACAGCGCCGGAAGCAUCCCUGGACAUUGCGGGUCUUAGUUUAGGAAUCCGCGAACCAACCCCGAAUCGUGUCGAUUUAAAUUGUAGCACGUCCCGUGACUAUAUAGCGAACAGAUUACCCGAUAGUAGUCCGAGCGUAUCAUUUCGUCAACCAGACAAACAGACUUAUUUUUUUCAAUCAUAUAAAGCUGAGAAAGACAUAAAUUUCGAAGUGAUGAUGUUCGAUCGUCUUACGCUCGACGAGAAAAAGAUUGACCACGGGGGUGACGUAGCAGCAUCCGGGGGCUCGUUGAACUGUUUCGGUGGCGUAGAUAAAGACAAAGGCGGCGCUGAUCACGAUGAUAGGAAGCAAAAGGGUUCCACACUUGGUGGCCGACAUCAUGUCUCGGCUCACGAUGCUCGUCGAGAUUCCGGAAACGUAGAAUUUCUGGAGAAGGAAGGCGAGAUAUUCAAGAUAAGCAGCAGCGAGUUGUUGCAAGAAGCAUCCGCCAAGAAGAAACGAAAUUUUUCUUUCAAUAACAAAGAAAAAACGCACAGAAGCUUAGAGUCGUUGGAAAGGAGCAUAGAUUUGUCGGCGAAAGAUUCGAAAAGUUUGGAUCUGUUGUUCGAGGAACGUUCGAAAGCAUUUUUUCACGGGAAACAAAGAAGUCUCGAUUCUUCCCAGAAGUCAAAAAAGUCCAUGGAUUCGUCCGCCAACAAAGCACGAAAGCGGCCGAAUUUCUUUCAACGUGUUCGAAGAAGCUGGCAUUUUUUACUCAUGCAGCGCAGAAUCAAACAACGAAAUAAAUACGAACGACCACUGAGCGGUCGAGAAAAGUGCGAGUAUUUUUUGUGCCAACAAUAUAAGAACGAGAUUCUCGAGAGUACUUCAAAUCUGCUGCUCGACCGCCUACAAACUGAAUUGAAUCUCGAUAUUUCGCAUAAGCAAGACGAUACGAACAAAGUCGAGCUGAUUUCGAACGAUCAGAAAGAUGAGAAAGAGGUUACAGUUUUAUUAGAGGAUGGAGGUACGGUUCGUGUAAUAAAUGAGCAAAACAAAUUGCCCGAUGAAAAUACCAAUAACAAGCCACCGGAAGAUAAAGACACAGAGAAACCCCCAUUGGUCACCGAAAACGAUAUUUCACGAAAGUUGCAAGAAGUUGUUGGGUCUGAAAAGAAAGAGCAUAUCGUGGAUUGGGUAGUCACUAUAGCGAAUUUAGAUGCUUUGAGUCAUGCUACCCGUUCGAACGAAACUGUGGGCUAUGAUAUACUGCACGGUACACUUGGUAUAUUAAAGGGAAUUCUUUUUGACAUAUUUCUCUGUGUAUGCAUCUAAGUUUAUGUUCUGAACGCACUUUAUAUUUAUGAAAAAUCUACAUCACGCACGUAGCAAUCUUUGUUAUUGAUAUUAAUAUUCAUACUGGUAUUUUUCGUAUGUUGUUAUGCCAAGAAUUUUCUAUACACUUCCCUGACCGUGUCAGGGCCGGUAAGAUUGAAUCUCUACGUUUCUAGUUUCACUUAGAACAAGUGAGAAUUAUGAUACGAAAUAUUACAAUGGGUAAAUAUUACUGAAUCUACUAUUGCACCAAUACCACUUCUAUUGUUUAGGAUUAGGAUCAACUCCAUCUUUUCUCAUGACCUGAAAACAUCGACAUUGCGAUUCGUAUAUCUAUACUCGUCAGGUUGUGUCGUAGAACCUGUUUCAAGGUAUUCUACUACUAAAUUAUAUGAGCUUUCAAUAUUGUACUCGACAAAUAUUUUUUUACAAAUUAGGAUACCUUUCAGGAACGCAAAAAGUGUACUUGUUAGAUUUGUUAUUCUCUACUAUUUACUGGUGAAUUUUUCCAUCUCUACAACUCUUUAAGAUAAUAUAUUUUUAUUAUACCACUGCCAUUUUUGAAUCUUCUUAAGAAACUCGAUAUUUUUUGAUAUCUCUAUUUUCUUCGUCCGCCAGCCACGAAACAUCCCACCGUUACCAACGAGUCCUUUUGCUGAUUCGCUAUAAAAAAUUCUAUUCUCAGAAUUAUGAAACGUCGAGUGGCAAGAAUAAUACGCGGACCCGUCCUACAUAUUCUGACUGAUAAAUGCCUUUAUAAAAAAAAAAAGAGAAAAACCGCCUUUAAACUAACGACUGACUAAAUGUAAGCGACGAACGAUCCUCAUCGGAUGUACAGAGAGCUAAAACAAAUAAUCCAUCGAAUGGCAUAACAACGUACCGCAUACAUACAUGGUCGAUCGAGCGAUGUGUAAUCAUAGUUGGCGAAAAGAGGAGGAUAACUCUGUUAGCUAACGAGACACGCAUUCAGCAUGUUUAUAUAUUUUCAUAUAAUCGUGUUACGCAAUAUUACCAAAUACUACUCGCGUGUCACGGUGUACGUAUCUUUAUAUAGCGAGUAAACUUGCGGCUAAAACGUUCCAACGGUAUCUACUCGGAUGACGUGACAUUUACUAUCGCCUCCUAUUGAUACGUUCACGUAUUGAAUACGCCUGAUGUUUUAUGCUAUCGUGUGCGAAAUGUUUGCAUUUAUGCGAACUUAGACGCUUCGUCUUUCGAAGUGGAAUUUGCGAGAAACGAAAAGCACGCUUAUCGAACGUUGCAUUUCGACUCGUAGCGCGGUUCGAGGGCGUCGGAAGUUCGCACGAUAAAUGGAGCUUGCGCCGCAUCCAAACGCUUUUGUCCAAAAAAGAAAUUCGAGCAGAUACUCGUAAACAAGUAAUUUCUACGUAACUUUUAUAUCGUCGAAAGUUAGUUUUGUAAGGCGUCGUAUCUUUUUUUCUUUUUCUUAAAUCAUUACUCAUUACGCAUUAAUGUCGCUAGUUAGAGAAGCUCGAAACGCACAAUAAUCGUUUAUCAUCGAGCCGACUAUUAUCAGAGCCUCAGAGUUCGUGUUAAUACUUAAAUUAGCGGUUUCAAUUAUCGUAAUAUCGAUUACUAGCGCCAGAAGCUUGAGAAAUUUUGUUCGAGCCAAUAAGAAAGAGAAGAAGAGAGGAACGUAUGGAAUUACGUAUAUCGAAAUUACGUAUUCGAAGCGAAAAGCGAAGGUAUUGAAUGUGAACUGUGAGGCUGAAAAUUUUGCUCGCACCGAACUCGCAUCAUAAUUAACAAGAUAGCUUUACCAGAUAUUGUCACGUUCGUUUAUAUUGGCAGUUUUCCGAUUGUUUUGUCGUGAUACGCCUAACAUUGUAAUCGUCCACAGCACCUUCUGUUCUUCACGCAUUCAAUGGUUGCCCUCCUUUUAA